GCACCACAAAUACAUCACGACUGGGGUGAACCAUGGACCGGGACCCGGAAGUGGAUGUGAUAGGGGGUCCCAAGGCCAAGGUUUGGGUGGAGAAACUUGGCAUCACCAAAAACUACCAGAUGAGCCGCUGACAGGAUGGUUGCUGCUGAUGUACUUACUGGGAAGAAUUUUAAUCUGGCAGUAGGAGAUCUCAGGGGGCCUGGCUGAAAACAAUGAUGUCCCAACCAAGGACGACUCCCAGCUUGCUGCUACUUCCUCUGUUGCUUUGGUUGCCAUGGUUACCACACAUUUUGGGGCAGAAUGUCCCGUUUGAGUACCAUGAGUACUCCCAGGUGACGCAGGUGCUGCGGGAGUUUCAUCAGAAUUACAGCGACAUCACACACCUGUACAGCAUUGGUCGAUCUGUUCAAGGAAGGGAAUUGUGGGUAAUUGCAAUCUCAGACAACCCCACAGUCCAUGAAGUCGGUGAGCCAGAGGUCCAGUAUGUGGGGAACAUACAUGGCAAUGAGGUGAUUGGUAAGGAAAUGCUGCUUCACCUGUUGGAGUACCUGACAGAUGGUUAUGGGAACAAUGACACCAUCAGCGGCUACCUGAACACCACCAGGGUCCACAUCCUCCCCGCCAUGAACCCUGACGGACUGCAAGGCAGCCUGGAGGGAGACUGCUAUAGCUCCAUCGGCAGGGAGAAUGCUCGGAGCUAUGACCUGAACCGAAACUUUCCUGACAAGUUUGAAGUGAACACACAACCCAUCCAGCCUGAAACAGAGGCCAUCAUGAACUGGACCAGGAACAUACCAUUCUCCCUGUCUGCCAUCUUCCAUGGUGGGGCGAUGGUGGCAAACUAUCCAUGGGACAACACACCUUAUGGACAGAGUGGCCCGUCGAUCUACAGUCGUUCCCCUGAUGAUGACAUCUACAGACACCUGGCCCUCACCUACUCCCAGAACCACGGCAACAUGCAUGAGGGCGAUGUCUGCUCGGGGGAUUUCUUUGAAGAUGGCAUCUCCAAUGGGGCAGACUGGUACCCAUUGAGAGGAGGAAUGCAGGACUGGGUGUACAUCCAUGGGGAUUGCCUGACGAUCACCCUGGAAGUUUCCUGCUGCAAGUAUCCAACUCAGGACAAACUGAGGGACCACUGGGUUUGGAAUAAGAAUUCUCUCAUAGAACUUCUUCUGCAGGUGCAUAGAGGUAUUAAGGGCCAAGUGUUCAUCAAUGGAACAGACACUCCAGUCUCUGGGGCCACUGUGACCAUAGGGGAUAGGGACAACUCCUUCCACACGACGUCUGCUGGCGAGUUCUGGAGGAUUCUCAUUCCUGGCCAGUACAGUGUGACGGUUUCCAAAGCUGGUUAUAGCAGUGAGACCAGGACAGUGACCGUACCUGGCAACCUGACGUUCAGUGCAGUGAUAGAGGACUUCUACUUGGUUGAGAACGGCACCAACUCAGCUCUGAAUGCUUCUGAGUCCACAACAGGGGAAUACACCACUGAGACCUCUCCUACAGCCACUGUGGGGAGGGAAGCAAGACACUUGGCGGGAAAUGGUUGCAGACUGCAAAUGGCGGAUUAUCUUGUAACUCUUCUAAAUGGUGCUUUGAUAAUGUUGAUAUGCAUAAAUCAUGUGCUGUACACUGAUUAAAUUCAAGGAGGCUUCUUCAUUGAUCAUGGUAUGAUCAUUGAUCAUCACUAGAGAUUGCUCAUUCUGGCAGUGAAUCUCAUCAAAUUUUGGUGCCAAAUGAACAUACAUUAUGUUGUAUGAAACAUACCUAUUACUUCUGGUGCAAUUUCUCCAAAAUUUCUUCCAGAUAACAAAUUCUUUGUAAUGGAUUGAAGUGAUUGUUGAUUCCAAAUGUUGUUGUAAUGGUACGAUUCAGAGUGACAAUCAGUGGUUUGACCAAUGAGAGAGUAGCUGCAUGUCUGUGGAAUAUCUGCAUUCUUAUACAUGUAUUUAUAUGCAAGUUUGUAGACUAGGUAAGCAUGAUACACUAUCGGUAAACACAUCUAUGUGUUCUUACCUCUCAUACCCAUGCAAGGCCUUUGUCAUGCAUGUUGCUUUUAUCUAAAAUCUCCAAAAACAUGGUAAGGUAUAACUCAAUCAUUGUGAAGUAUUGUUAUCACUCUCCAAAAUUGUCAAUGUGUCAGAAGGUAAAGUUUGUAUGAAGACAUUAAAAACAUCACGCAAACACAAGUUGUGAAACAAUCAGGGUCUUUCUCUUUGAAGUUGUGCUGUUGCAGUACUAUAGACAAUCAACAGGAGUCCUCUUAAUCACGGCAUUGAUGUGUGAGCUGUUCAGAACAGCUGCUUAGAAAGUGGCUUUAUAAAAUUCCUCUUAGUUUAGAUAUAGGAUAACUUAGAGUCAUUCAGAUCUAUGGGUGAAACUGGUUUCAUAGGAAAUGUGCAAUCGAUCCUGCAAUUCACAUAAAACCACAUGCUUGUAAGAUAUGUAUUUGUUACAUUUUCCAUCAUAUCAAGUAAACUCUCUAUUUCUACAGGUACACCAUCCUAGUCACCAGUACAUUCCUAGACCAUAUUGACAGCAUAAACUAUUCUUUCAACACACCACAUAUAUAUAUAGUUUAUUUAGAUAGUAAAUCCAUUUCAUUCUACAAAAGUCAUAUCAAUUUGAAGCAGUUGUGUUGAGGUAUUCCACUAUCCUUGGCUAUGAUCCAAAAGACCUCUGCAUCUGAUUGACAAGAAAAUACUGCUUUUUCAUUGUUGUAUGCACUGUGUAAAAACCCACUUCUGUUGAAGUGAAAAAGUCCUGAAUAUCAAGUUUGAAUGGUACUGCGUCUGCUACAGGAGUUGAUGCGGUAUGAAAGCUUCAAGUCACAGCUAAGCUGAUGGAGUCAUGGCAACUAUUAGAAGACAGCUUUUAUUGUGAGGCAAACUUCUCUCCCUUAGCGAUGGAACCCUUGAGUUCAUCCAUGGCAUCUG